AUGGCCUCCAAGCGAUUGACUCGUCUCUUCCUCGUUUGUCUCAUCGCCUUCUCGAUGGCUAUUUCUGAUGGGGGUGAUGAUGAUGACCAAGUUGAGAAAGCAUCGAUUGGAGUGGAGCGUAGUGGACGCCUUCGUCGUGGCAUUUGCAACCUUUCGUGUAGCUGCGGCUGGGGAAAUUGCAAGAUCGCACCCGGAUACGCGGGAAGCACUUGCUGUUCGUCUGGCUACGCCUGGCAUUGUUGCCAA